CGUCAAUGAUGAAGACAGUUUACAAGGAGUUUCUAAACAAACGGACAACAUCUUCAACCUGGGAACAUUUUUUAAGGGCCGAUGAUGGACAAAGUGUCGAGUGUAAGCAUUGUAAAAAAGUUUUAAAAACGCCUGGUGGUGCGACUGGAGCAUUACAUACUCACUUGCGGGCUAAAUAUAUCACUGAGGUGCAACACGGCCCACAAGCUUCUACAUCAACAACCGAUAAUGCUCAAAUGCACGAAAAAAGGAAAGGGGACCUACAAGAAGUACCAUCCCAAAAGAAAACUAAACUCACGAUUAUUAUGUGAGUGAAUCUUCCAUGGAGAUUAGAGUGGCUAGAAUGGCAGCAUUGGAUGGUAUCCCGUUGAGCAAAUUCUGCACUUCUGUUGACUUAAGGCAUGUUUUCAAAAAAUCUGGCUAUGAUCUACCGAAAUCGCCAACAACUAUAACUAAGAUAGUUUUAGAGCUAUGUGAUAAUACAAAAAAAACGCUGAUAAAUCUAUUAAAGGAGAUGAAGUCCAAAAACGAAAGGUUCACAAUGACACUCGAUGAAUGGACCUCUACGCGAAAUAAAAGGUAUAUGAAUAUAAAUAUCCACAAUAAAGAUCUGCCAACUAAAUACAAAAAUUUAGGGCUGGUGUAAAUACAGGGUUCAAUGCCAGCAGAUGUAGGAACUCAGUUAAUUCAACAACAUUUGAGCAACUUUGAACUUAGCCUUGAAGAUAUAAUUGCUUUCACAACAGACGGAGCCAGUGUGAUGGUUAAGAUGGGAAAAAAAUUUGAUGGUCACCAUCAAUUGUGUUUUGCCCACGGCAUACAACUUGCGGUGCUCGACGUGCUAUAUAAGUCAC